ACAUACAUGGGUUUACAAAUGGAUCUCUUUUCACAACAAACCCUAGCUAAGUCUAGAGAGAGAAAGAGACAUGGAUGGAUUACAGAGAUCUGAAAUAUCAUUUAGGAGGCAAGGAUCGUCAGGUUUGGUCUGGGAUGACAGGUUCUUGUCAGGCGAACUGAAACAAGAAACAGAUAAUCCUGAUCAAGACAAGAAGCUGCAGCAGCAGGGGCCAGAAUCUGAAGAACCUAAACCCAUACAUAUAAAACAACAGACCUAUCGAACCGUUAAAGAUGUUAGCCCAACAAUUGAUCCUCCUUCACCUAAGGUUUCUACCUGCGGUUUCUGUUCUAUCUUUACAAAACCCAACCAGAAACAUAACAGAUCAUCAGCAAUAGCCAAACGUAAGUUCAAGUAAUUUUAAUUAUCUCUUAUAUGUUUGUGUUGUGUUUCUAAGGUUUUCUGUCGGUGACCAUUAUAUUUAUUAUUGUAUAUGUAACAUUAAUUUGUUGUACUUCCGGGCAAGUGUACAUGGACUGGAUUUUUUUGGUUUUCAAAAUUAAAUAUUCAGUCUUUAGAUGCAAUA